UUCAGGAAUAAAAUUAUUCAGACACUGACACUGACUAGAUUGCCCAGAGCGCACGGCAACGACCGGAAGCUGCUCCGAAAGACGAUUAAUGGGAGUUGUGCAGGAUUGACUCACUUUCCCGACAAUGAAUCGUUGAAAGAGAGAAACCCAAAGUGAGGAUUGUCCGGGGGGGUCCCGGUUACCCUGACAACGUGCACACGGUAGGCCGCAGGCAGCGGAUCCCAUCGCAGGAACGGCCCGGAUUGAGAGAUUUCUCUGGUAACUCUAUGGCCUUACCACCCCCUGAUCCAAAGUUUGUGCUUCGAGGAACUGGAGCUUCAGUAAAUACUCUGCAUUUCUGCUGCAGUGAUCAGGAGGACUGUGAUCCAAUACUCUUCUCGGGUUCAGCCAAUGGACUAAUACACAUUUGGAACUUAACGACCCACAGAGCAGAUAAAGUGUUGGAAAGUCACAAGAAACAGUCUGUUUUAUGGAUUCAUACUCUGCAAGGGAGGAAUUGUCUCAUCAGUCAAGGUCGUGAUGCAGCAGUCUCCACUUGGGACCUGUCAGAAGGGCGCAUUGCAGUGACAGACUCCAUUCCUUUGGAUAGUUAUGGGUUCUGCCAGUGCUCUGUAAUGCAAGAAGGUGUUGGCCAUUACCUUCUCGCUUCCCCAGGCGGCACCCCAUCAGAGGUGAAGAUCGUAGCCUUACCUAAGAAGACGCCAGUCUGGAUCCUAAAGCCGCCAGCCGAAGCUAAAUUGGGCAUGCCAAUGUGUCUGAAAUUGUGGCAGCCUCCUUCUGGUUCUCGGCCUUUGUUACUGGUUGGAUAUGAGGAUGGGUCUUUGAUCCUCUGGGACCUAUCAGAAAAGAAAAUUUUGAGCCGUCUUGCCUGCCACAGUGAACCAGUCAUGUGUCUUGACUUUGACCCUGAGAAGGCCAAGGGUAUCUCUGGCUCCUCCGAGAAACUUCUCAGCUCCUGGGGAAUUGACAACCAACAGAAUCUUAAGUUGCAGAACACUGUGACAUUGGUGAAUGCUGGAAUAGCUGAUACAUGCAUUCGCCAAGACAAGAAGAUAUUAGCCACUGCAGGUUGGGAUCAUCGGAUCCGUAUCUUUGGCUGGAAGAAGCUAAAACCCCUGGCAGUUCUGCCCUACCACACAGCCAGUGUACACUGUGUGACAUUCUCAGACCAUGUUGUUCCAAGUGAAAGAUUAAUGGCUGCAGGAUCUAAAGACCAACGCAUAAGUUUGUGGUCUUUCUACAAUGAGCCGUGAAAGAGUUAAUUUUAUAUGGAAGUUUCAGUAAUAUUCUGACUAAACUGAAGAUUGAGCAGUAUUGCUUGAUUGAUGAUGGAUGAUGUGAGUCAGCUUGUGUGCAUUUUGUACUGAAAUUUUAUUGUGGUUGUAAUCUUAUUAUUUUCUUCAUGGGCUGUCUCUUAUUGAAUUGAUAUUUAAAGAAAAUAAAACAAAGAGCCUAUGUUUAUAUAGCAGCUUUCAUAUUUUCAUGACAUCCUGGAAACGUUUACUUUUAAAUUAAAAUUGCUGUUGGUUGGUAAGUACAGCAGCUAAUUUCUGGGCAGCAAUUUUCCACAGAUAGCAAUGAGAUGAGUAAUCCUUUGGAGUGAAAAGGAGGGAUAAAUGUUUGUUACAACAUCAUAAGAACUGCCGGCAAUACAUUGAGUGGUGCCAUGAGUUAUUAUUUCUGGUUUUAAUUAAAAAAUAAAAUUUCUGCAACAUAUUAGCUAUUUGCAACUCAUUGCUACAACUCUAAAUUCCACGGUAACUUGUUGGUAUGAGGUAAAUUUUAAGGAUUAAUUUAACCUUAAGACCUCAUGAGACUUCAUUGUGUUUAACACAGUACUUUCCGUGAAUGGGAGGCAAAAACACUUGAUUUUGUUUUCCAACAUUAAACCCAUGCUAAUCUAAAUGUCUGUUUUAAUUUAAUUUUUAACAUAUAUUCGCAACACCUCUUCAUGUAACUCUUUGCUUACUCCUUUUUCUUCAGCAGCAAGGAAAUAGACAAUGAAGUCAUGUAAGCCAAGCCAAUCAUGUUGGGCUGUGGUUACUAUCGUUGAUUUGUCUGUGAUUGGUGUCUUCAGAAAUUGUACAUGGGCCAUGAUUUUAAUUAGUCUUUUACCAACAUUUACUUUAAAAAAAGGUGUAAAUUUUGCUUUUAACGUUACUCAUUUCCAAUUAUUUCUCAGACCUGACCAUUAAGGUAGCUUAUUAAUGUUUGUAAACCAUUUAUUUUUCUAAUUGUUUGGCAUCUGAAUUAGUUCCCACCCUUUUAUUAUUCUAACUGAUUUGGCAGAAGUUGUUUCCGGAUCAGACUUUUCCUGUCCAAUGCAAAAUUUGGUUUUUGCCUGCAUUUUUCCGGUAAUUCUUUGAUUUCUUGCUGGUGUUCCAAUCCAUUUCCCUAAAGGUACACAGAAGGGUAAAACACACUUACAAAAUUUUAAAAAUAAUAAAAUCUUAUUUUGAUCCAGUGCUGUACUGGAAGCAUGAGAAUUGUCAAAGAAUUAGAAAGAUACCCAAAGCUUGACCCUCUACCAUCCUAACUCUCAAUGUAGCAUCUAGUAGUUUACCCGAAGUUUAUGUUAUCACAGAAUUUUACAGCAUAGAAGAAAGCAGGUUGUGGACAUCGUACUAGUGGGGACUCUUUUGAAAGAACUAUCUCGUUGGUACUAGUCCUCUGCUAUUUGUGUUUCCUUUUUACGUACUGCCCUUUUGAAUGUCACUAUUUAUUUGCUUCAACUGACCCCUCAGGUAUGACAUUCCAGAUCACAAUAAGUCACUUGUUAUAAAUUCUCAUCCACUCCCCUGUAAUUUUUGCCACUUCUAGCAAAUCUAUUUCUACUCUUUACUGCCCCUCCUGUCAUCAUUUUGAUUAUGUCAGUCAAAUCUCCACUGUGCGGAAAGUAUAUGACUGGGUUGUGGACACUAUGUAAUCGGAUUGACUCAAACUUUACGUUCAUUCAAAAUGAACAAAUUCUUUUAAAAAGCACUAUAAUAAAUUUUCAUCAAUGAAAGAAAUUUAUUUUCUAGCUUUGCUUCAAAUAACUUUGGAAUCAAAUAAUGUAUGGAGUACAAACACCAGUUAAGUAUAGUUGAAAUGAAAUAAAAGCAAGGUAGUGCGGAUGCUGAAAAUCUGAAAUAAAAAUAGGAAGUGCUGGAGAAAUUCAUCAGAUUUGGCAACAUCUGCUUCUAUUGUGUUUCUCUCACCAUGGAUGCUGACAGACCUGCUGAGUUUCUCCAGCUCUUUUGGUUUUAUUAUUAGAAUAUUGGCCUGUUCCUGUGUUGUAAAUUCUGUGUAAAAGCUCUCGUACAUCUUACAAUAUCUCAAAGUGCUAUUUCACAAAUAAAAGAAACAAAUUCA